AUGAUUAAGAAUUUCAAUAGAAGGGACACUGGUAUUCGAAGAUAUUAUUGUGUUGUAGUUAUUUCCAAAGAAAAUGAUGGCGGUGAGGUCGAAAACAAGAGAUCAGAGUUACCCAAACAAAUUCAAUCCCAGCACUUCACUUUGGUUGGUAAAAUCACAGCAAUCAAAUCUGGUUAUGUUCCACAAAUGAACAAUAGUUUAAAAAGAGUGAGUGUUGAAUUUCCUGCCUCUGUUGGUGAUGUAUUUAUUAACAAUUCUGGUUUCUUAAAAAUCUGGAAAUUUUCUGCAGCUCUUUGUGUUUUAAUUAGUUCGCGUAUGACUUGUUGUCUAUGA